AUGGCGAUAGACCGGCGACGUGAGGCGGGAGGGGGCAGCGGGCCGAGACGCCACCAGCCUCCGCUGGAGGAGAACGGCUCCCUGCCGGCUGGAGAGGCUGCGGCUGCAGCUGCCCCACUGGGGGGCCCGGCUGUUGACCUGGGGGACAUCCAGACCCUGCCGCCUCUCCCGGCCCCUGCGGCCCCCGGAGGCGCCCAACAGGCCAGCUGCUGUUCCUCGUCCUCAGCACCCAGUCCCUUGCUGCUGGACUAUGACGGGUCGGUGCUGCCCUUCCUCGGGGGUCUGGGCGGGGGCUACCAGAAGACGCUGGUGAUCCUCACCUGGAUCCCAGCGCUGUUUAUCGGCUUCAGCCAGUUCUCAGACUCUUUCCUCUUGGACCAGCCGGAAUUCUGGUGCCGGGGGUCCCAGGAAGGAGCUGGUUUCGUGGGGGCCACAGCCACUGGCAGAGUGGGCAUCGGUGACUUUGGGAACUGGACUAAUACCCCAGCAACCUUCUCCACGACCACCUGGAGACCAACGAGCAACCUGAGCAAUAGUAGCCUGGGAGGAGCGGAGGUGGAUUACACGCUACCUCUGCAGCCUCCUCCUGACAAGGAAGACCACAACUCCAGUAACUGCCAGUGCCACCAAUGGCACUACCGCAUCCGAGCCGGUCUUGUCCAAAAUGUAGUCAGCAAGUGGGAUCUUGUGUGUGACUCUGCCUGGAAGGUCCAUAUUGCUAAGUUUUCCUUACUGGUUGGUCUAAUCUUUGGCUAUCUAAUAACCGGAUGUAUUGCUGACUUGGUUGGCCGGAGGCCGGUGCUGCUCUUUUCCAUCAUAUUCAUUCUGAUCUUUGGACUGACUGUGGCGCUUUCAGUGAAUGUGACAAUGUUCAGCACACUCAGGUUUUUUGAAGGAUUUUGCCUGGCUGGAAUAAUCCUUACCUUGUAUGCACUGAGAAUAGAACUUUGUCCUCCUGGACAUCGAUUCAUGAUCACAAUGGUGGCAAGCUUCAUAGCUAUGGCAGGGCAGUUCCUUAUGCCAGGCUUGGCGGCCCUCUGCAGGGAUUGGCAAGUCCUCCAGGCUCUCAUCAUCUGCCCUUUUCUCCUGAUGCUUCUCUACUGGUCGACAGAAACCAUCUGGUCAUCUUCGACUGUCUCUCCUGUCACUCCACGGAAUCAAGUAGGCAAUAUUUUCCCAGAGUCCCUCAGGUGGCUAAUGGCCACACAGCAGUUUGAGCCAGCAAAGAAAUUGAUCCUGCACUUCACACAGAAAAACCGCAUGAAUCCUGAGAGUGAUAUCAAAGGAGUGAUGCCCGAACUGGAGAAGGAGCUUUCCAGGAGACCCAAGAAGGUUUGCAUUGUGAAGGUGGUGGGGACGAGGAACCUAUGGAAAAACAUUGUAGUCCUGUGCGUGAACUCGCUGACCGGGUUUGGGAUCCACCACUGCUUUGCUAGGAGCAUGAUGGGCCACGAGGUGCCACUGCUCACCAACUUCUAUGCUGACUACUAUACCACAGCGGGCAUAGCCUUAGCUUCCUGCCUGGCCAUGUGCUUGGUGGUCAGGUUCCUGGGCCGCAGGGGCGGGCUGCUGCUCUUCAUGAUCCUCACAGCCCUGGCCUCCCUUUUGCAGCUCGGCCUCCUCAACCUGAUUGGAAAAUAUAGCCAGCAUCCAGGCUCAGGAAUGAGUGAAAAAGUCAGAGAGAGAUUCUCCACCACAUUCUCCAUCGUGGGUAUGUUCGCCUCACACGCAGUGGGGAGCCUCAGCGUCUUCUUCUGUGCAGAGAUCACCCCGACAGUCAUAAGGUGCGGAGGCUUGGGCUUGGUCCUGGCCAGCGCCGGCUUCGGCAUGCUGACCGCCCCGAUCAUAGAGCUGCACAACCAGAAGGGCUACUUCCUGCACCACAUCAUCUUUGCCUGCUGUACCCUCAUCUGCAUCAUCUGUAUCCUCCUCCUGCCGGAGAGCAGGAACCAGAACCUGCCCGAGAACAUCCUCAACGGCGAACAUUACACCCGGCAGCCCCUCCUGCCCCACAAGAAGGGAGAGCAACCCCUCCUGCUCACAAACUCAGAACUCAAGGAUUAUUCCGGCCUCCACGACGUGGUCGCCAUGGGGGACGGGCUGCCCGAAAACGCCACGGCAAACGGGAUGAAGUCCAUGUAACUGGGCUGGCUUGGUCACUUCAGAAGAGGGAGCCCUCGGGGGUCGGGUUUUCUUUUUUUGUCUGGCACAGGUUUACAGACCUGUAACGACGGCAGGUACGGCCAACUCCGGAAAGGAAAGGAAAGGAAAGGAAAGGAAAGGAAAGGAAAGGUCAAAUCCGCUGCUAAAGCCACUUAAUCUACAGGACACUUUCAACCGGUGUGAGGAAAUUUCUGCUGACUGGAAAGCAACAAGAUGGUGUAUUUGAGGAAAGGAACUGGCUGGAGAGAUCCCUUCAAAGACUUUCUUUUUCUGCCUCUAAAUGUUUGUAUUUAUUUUGGUCAUUUUUACAAGAAGCACUUUAUUUCCUUUUCCUCUCAUUAAUCACAAAGUACAAUGACCCUUCUCUUAAGGAGAGGCACAGCCAUUCCAAGGAAGAGACUUUUCAAAACAAACAAGCAAACCAAACCUAAGGAGGCAUCUUUUCUAGAGAAGAUGAACACACAACUACUACCCAGAAGAGCAAAAAGCGAUUUCUCCCUGUCCCCAAACCCUAAGGCGGCUGCCGGCUGUUGCAUAUAAGCAAAUGACACUGUUGUGAAUGAAACUGACUACAUUUUAGAUGGGGAGGGGGGAGUAAAAUUCAUUAGGUUUUGAUGGUGAGUCUGUAUGUGGUUUAAAACAAAAGAAGCGUCAUUUUCUACAUGUAAGGUAAGACUUUCCCCAUUUCAUAAUUAGAGCAAGCAGUUCAUAAAUCCCAAUAAAGCAGGUAUGUGGGUCUUCUUUCAGGAUGGUUCUUUUGUAUUGAAUAAUGGCUUUUGAAGCUCCUUUGGGAAAGAUCCCAAGCAUUUCAUUCAAAAUGAAGACAAACCAAUGGCUGUGGACCCAGUUUUCUGAUGCCAGGGCUGCCUAAUGAAGCGAUUUACUGGGGCAGGACAUGGCAUCAAGAACCUGAGACUCAUGGCCCCUACCCAGACGCCUUUCAGCUAAAAUCUCCCUCCAUCAUUAGCAGGAUCAGCCGCAGACAGACUCUACUUGAAAGAAGAGUGGCUGCUUUCUAAUCCUCAGAUGAGAACGAAAAGUGACGCUGACGAUGAUAGUAAACAAACAGAGGGAAGGUGGUACAAAAACCUUACCAGGUAUACAUGUUUAGAGCACACACCCUGGGAGAAAACACUUGCUUAUGUUUUACUAUCAACUAGUGAUUGAUAAUUUUCUGACACAUGGAUUAGCCUCCAGGUGGCUUCUCCCAAUCUUUGUCCACUUCACUGCAUAUCAGGGCACAAGCAGGGCAGGAAAGAGAGAUGAAACUCAAAUCGGUCUAUUUUCUAUCCAGAUCCUUCCCCAAAAAAAAGAAAAAGAAAAAGAAAAAAAGAGAGGAUAGAAAAAGGAAAUUCUACAAAAUAAUAAAAACAAAA